GUUCGUUCAGUAGUACAAAAAUAAUAAAAAUUCCCAAUCGAUCGAAAUAUUAUUAAAAGAGGGAAGGAGCAAAAAAGCCCUAAUUUUCGGCUGGAGGAGCAAGACGAUGAUGACGAUGAUGAUAUGAAGGAACCUCGGAUCCGUGUGCGCGAAGUUUGGCCGCGGAACGAGAUCCUAUAGCACUAAGAGGUCUGGCCAAUCUAAAGAUAGAACUUUCUCCACCAUGUCCUCUUCAUUGGUUGAGGCAGCAGCAGGAUUGCCGGAAAAGGGUUUGAUGGUGUGCAAAUGGCUAGGCACAGGUUCAGCAGGUUAUGGAGGAUACAAAGCCUCUGAGUAUUUUUUUCCUAUUGACAACGAAGAGUUUAGGGAAAACCUUGAGGAUUGGGAAUCUACGUUGCAAAGUUGGGAGAAACUGAAAAAUUAUUUGGAGGGUAUGCACAAAGGACCUGUUGGCAAUCAAACAAGAACUCAUUGACGAAUUCCAAUCUGGUGGAGAGAAACUUUUAAUCCUUUCAUGUAUCUAGUUGUGUCAUGUUUCAUGUCAUAAUCUUAUUAUCUAUGUUUAGACACUUGUGAUCAAAUUCAUACCCUAAUCGCUAUUCUAUGAUGUCGCCAAUGAAAGAUUUGUGUUAAAUCAGUUAAUGUUGAAAACAAUUGAUCACCAAAAUCUUUUCCUCACAUACUGUCUCAAAGUACCAUCUGCAUCAAAGUGCUGGAGACUACUGCAAAACACACUGUCUUUGCUUGGAAUAUAUUAUCUUUUCUGUUACUGCAGGUACCUAGGGCUUUUGUAUUAGUUACAUUUUGUGGCAUCGGUUGUCUCUGUAUUCAUCAAGUUCUUCAGAUGGUUGUGGCUCAAGUAGUAUUAAAAGAAGAAGUCGUAUUGAUCCAGGCUAUGUUCGUAUUGCACGAAACUGGAAGAGCAAGCUUAAGCUUACCUAGUAGCUCAUGCCGUUCUGUGGUCCAAAUGCCUGAAGGAGGAACACCUUUCUGGAUUCAGUUUCCUGAUCAGAAUUACACGCU